GUGUGUCUUUUCUCUGGCGCGUGUGUGCGAGGCUGCGGGCGGAUAGUGCUGUCGUUGGUUGAGUACUGAGCUCCAGUCUGACCUACUUUCGUACUUCGCUUCAGCUCAGCGCUGUUUACAGGCGCUCGUCAGCGUACGAUGUGGAUCCGGUAACGAAAACACGUCGCCUAAACGCCGAGUCGCGUGCGCUCCCGUACCGCUUUUUAUCCUGGGAAUCUUCAGUUAGUGUGCUUUGAACAUAUUUUGUACCGUGUCCGACUUCAGAGUGGCUCUUUCGUGGGUUGUUUAUGAGCUCACUCGUGGAUUCAGUAUGAGAGGCGCGGACGAGGGCAAAAGUGAAGUGUGGAUCGGUAACGUUAGUCCUUAACGCAGGGUUUCCAUCAUUAACUUCAUGGAGAGAGAAAACAGUUUUGCAAGUGUACAUUAGCAAGAGAAGACAAGAGUCAAGAUAAACAGUAUCUUGAUGGUAAGCUAGUUAUUGGCCUUUAAGGACUGGCUAGCUGUAAGAACAUAACUGCAAUCAACACCGGUGGCUUGCCAUCAAAGAUUUGUGAGUAGUGGCUAACCACUAGCAUUAGGUGGAGGUAGAAGACACGAAUGGGACACGCUAGCCCUUCCAGACGGCCUGAAUGGGAGAAGGAGUGAGCAUGGACAACCUUUUGGAGUUUGGAGGCCUUUGUCCGUCCACCCGGAGGGAAUGGGACACAGGCAGCUGUGUGGAUGAUUUAAUGGAUGAAGAUGAGAAAGACAGAGCAAAAAGGGCAUCCCGUAAUAAAUCAGAGAAGAAGAGAAGAGACCAGUUCAAUGUUCUCAUUAAAGAGCUGUGUACGAUGCUGCAGGGUCAAGGUCACCCCCGCAAGAUGGACAAAUCCACCAUCCUGCAGAGAACCAUCGACUUCCUGCAGAAACAGAAAGAGAUCACGGCGCAAACAGAGUCCUGUGAGGUCCGGCAGGACUGGAAGCCUUCUUUCCUCAGCAACGAGGAAUUCACCCAGUUAAUGCUGGAGGCAUUGGAUGGUUUCCUAAUAGCUCUUACCACAGACGGGAACAUCAUAUAUGUAUCUGACAGUGUCUCGUCUCUCAUUGGUCAUCUACCGUCAGAUAUGGUGGACCAGAACAUUUUGAACUUCCUGCCAGAACGAGAACAUGGAGAGGUAUAUAAACUUCUGUCAUCACACAUGCUCUUGACAGAGUCUUCUGCUGUGGACCUACUCAACAGCAAUGAGACACACAUCGAGUUCUGCUGUCAUUUAGCAAGGGGAAACAUUGACCCAAAAGAACCGCCCACGUACGAAUAUGUCAAAUUUGUUGGAGAUUUCAAGUUUCAUAAUAACGUGCCUCUGUCCUCAUGUAACGGUUAUGAUCUGGCGUUCCCACGCACGCUGCAGUCCACAUUAGAGGAGCAGAUCUGUCUCGUAGCCACAGUGAGACUCGUGACCCCUCAGUUCCUAAAGGAUCUGUGCAACGUGGAGGAUGUGUGUGAUGAAUUCACAUCAAGGCACAGCCUGGAAUGGAAAUUUCUCUUCUUAGAUCAUAGGGCCUCUCCUAUCAUUGGGUACCUGCCGUUUGAGGUUUUAGGGACUUCGGGUUAUGAUUACUACCAUGUGGACGACCUGGAGCUGAUUGCUCAGUGUCAUAAACAAUUGAUGCAGUUUGGGAAAGGAAAAUCCUGUUACUAUCGGUUUCUGACUAAAGGGCAGCAGUGGAUCUGGCUACAGACACACUAUUACAUCACAUACCACCAGUGGAACUCCAAACCAGAGUUUAUCGUCUGUACACACAGUGUGGUCAGCUAUGCUGAAGUCCGAGCAGAAAGAAGGAGAGAGAUUGGAUUGGAGGAAAGCUCAUCUGAUAUGGCAACAUCCUCAGUCAAGGGGCAGGAGGUGUUUUUGGACAUGUGUCCUCCUUUAGAAGCUCCACGGGAAAGAAUCAGCAGCGCUCGAUCAGUGUCAUCACAAAGUUCUAGAAAAUCAUCACACACAGCGCUGUCUGACUCUGCGUCGAACUCAUCGGUGAGGUACACAGAGGCAUGUACGUCGUCACGGCAGUCUGCUUCCAUUGGUCCUGAGAAGAGUUCCAGCAGAAUGCCACAUAGUGGAUCAAAGACCCUGAUUCAGAGGCAGAGCUCCUCUGAGCCCACGUCACUCUCCCCCUCCUGCAGUCAGCAUUCCACUGUGACACAAUCUCUGUACAGAUUCCAGCAGCCUCAGUUAGGCGUCAUGCAUCAGCUGAAAGAGCAGCUAGAAGAGCGGACACGCAUCCUACAGGCCGACAUCAAAACACAACAACAAGAGCUGCACGACAUUAAAGAGAAACUACAGCUUGCUAAUCUACAGAUGUUACUCCAGCAGCCGAUACAGGGAGAAUUUGCCAGUACUGGUCUGCAGCAGCAGGGUCCAGGCAGGCCGUCCCAACACAGCACCCAGCCCAAACCUCAACACUGUGUUUCACAUUCAUCACACACACUACUCAGAGAACAGCCCAGUAGCUCAUCUGCUCAGGGCCAGCAGAGACUGGUUCAGACUGGACACAUGCAGACCGUCAGUGUUCCAAUGCAGACACACACCAGUCUCACCACACCCUUCUAUAGCAACCCAAUGAUGUUCUCACCCAACCACGGACACCGAACCCAACAGGACACACACUGCCAAAGACUCGCACACACAGACUACAGCCAGGACGGACAGCUACGGAUGCUACUAAACCAAUCAAUGCAGACGCUUGUACCAGACAGCAGUGGGGGGACCCAGUCUUCCCAAUGCAGCUCAGCUAUUCAACAAACCAAAUAUCCUCUGGACCAGCAGAUGAUGGCUCCUUCCUUCCCUGUACAGCAGGUGAACUGUAACGCUGUGCUUGUCCCUUCCCCCGUCUUCACCUCACCAAUCAUGAUCCCCCAUAAUAGUUUCAUCACCCAUCAGGCCACGCCCACCUACACGCCUCACCUGUCGGCUGCCCCACACAGCUUACCACUACAACAACCUCAGCAGUUCUUUCAGAUGCAGCCUCAGGGUCUGAUUCAGAGUGCUCCCACUCAGGCCUUAUUCCACACCCCUAGCGUUCCACAGCAAAGCACUGUGGGAUAUGUACAGCCACAACAACAGCAGCAGCAUCAUCACUCACAGUCCGGCAACCUGUCGGACUACAGAAACAUGCUCCCACGGUAGCCCCGCCACCUGGGAAAAAAGCCAAGAGGUUGCCAGGAAAGCGCAUUGAGCGUUUAGCUCUGAAAGGCAUGAUGGGAUGGGACUCUCUCGGCUCAGGGGAAGGCUCGUUCCCGAGCCAAACCAAAAUCAAGAAAGCCAAAGUCCCUCAAAGUUCCCAUGACAGCAAAUGAUGGUGAUAACGGCACAAGGCUCAAGGACUCUGCCUGGCCCUCGACUGCACACAGAGGAUGCUGGGAUACGUACGAGGAGCCAGCAGGCACACAGGGGUCAAGUCAAGCAGGCGCUUUGAUCGAUACGUAAAGGACAGAAAGCCGUGGAGCCGUGGUUUUUGGUACUGUAAUGUUACAGUUAUCUGGACUUUUCAACACACAAAUAAGACAAAAUCAACAAAUCAAGUAAUGCCUUGACAGAGCGUAAACUCCACUGCAUGUGUUCUGUCCUCAACCGCUACUAAAAUACUAACUAAAAGAGAAAUCACCCCACCAACAAGAAGAAAAAUACACGGUCAUGAACUGAUUUCACGCGUCAUAUUUCAUGUAUGUGUGCAGAUGGUUGGAGCUGGGCAUAAUUCAGCGAAGACCCAAAUAUAUUUCAAAACAUUUGGCUUCCUGUUAUCAUCUGCAGAGCUCGUCGGCAACCUCCUGUAGUUAUGUUAACGCUAUCAUAAAGAAACUUGAAACACGUUGUAUAUUAUAAAUAUUUAAGAACAAUUUCGCACUAGGGCAAACUUUCCUACUGCUGAGUUCAACUCAAUCCCUGUUACGCUUUGUUUCUCAAUCCACUGUACUGUAUGUAGAGUUUCUCCACAUAUUGAGUUCUGGAGCAUCGUAUUUCAGUACUUUUUAUUUCAUAUUAAGGUUCUAAACAUAGCUGGUCAGGAGAAGCAUGUUGGCUUCCCUGAUCAAACAGUUCUUUGAGUUUUCAGACGUGCAUGUGGUCUGCCUGUCCACACAGUAAACCUACAUUGAUUUGAUGUCAAUAUGAGCACAACAGAUGUGCUUUAAGAUUUGGUUUCAGUAUUACACAGGGAUGAAGCUCUGUCUAAUUUAUGCUUCGUAGUAGAGGGACUUUGUUUUAUGGUGGUGGGUGCAAGUGCUGCAGCAGUUAAACUGCAAACAUGAAGAUGUAAAAUAAGACUGUAAUGCAGGUUGAAUGAUUGAAGACGAUCAUAAUGUCAGGGCUGCAGAAAUGGAAAUGUUCUCAUCUGCCUGUCACUUGGGCAAAGUGUUUGACAAAUACAACUCAAAUAUUAGUAAAAAAAAAAAUGUUUCCCCAUUACAUUUUUUUUUUUUUUUUUUAUUAUUAUUUUUUGGGGGAGUUGAUGUAGACACGGAAGUGUCAGGCAAAGGGCAAAAAAAAUGUUUAGAUGUUCUGGAAUGUUGUAAAACUCACAGACACGCAAAUAGGCAAAAAAAACUCAAAUAAUCUUGACAAUCAGAAAAUCAUUUACAUUUUUUUUCUUUGCUGGGACUUCAAGCUUGCACUUUCCUCCAUCCUGUCACGUAUGGCACAUUUAAGGGCUGGUGCUCAUUAUUUUAUUUUUUUAAAACGAAGGAAAUUCUGUUCAAGACAGUCUAAGAUCAUGUGCCCUUCUGUAUGUUGUGCAAUGCAAAUCGAAAAACAAGAAUGUGUGUAAUUUAUACUUUAGAAGAGAAUUCUGUUUUAGUCUUAUAUUAGCAAGAAACACUUCAUUUUAGUAAAAGCCAGCGUGCUGUUUGAAUGAAAACCAAAAGUAUUUUGGUACAAAAAUCUCUUCAGCAUUCCUAGAAGUCAUGUGUAGAAAGUGUGAAACUCCAACUCUCUCAUGUGUGACAUCUCCACACAGAUCAAAUAAGAUGUUUCAGAUACUACAAGCUGUUCUCAAAGGAAGCACUCCAGAGAUUUUACAUCUACACCUUACAAUAACAAAUCCUCCAUUCCCAAGAACUCAUUUAGGUCCCAAACCAGCCCACCAGAACCAUUUCGAAAUGCUUUGAAAGUUUUGUGAGUCACAUGACCGGUUCAUCUCAGCGUUUUGUUCUGUCUCCCUGAAGUCACACUAGAAAAGAUGAGGUAGAUGUUGGUGUGUUUCGCAUCGGUGCCUCCCAUUUAUCACCUUCUGCUGCUCUGAGAUUAUCUUUGGGUCUCACAAGUGCUCUUCAUGUCUCUAGACAUGAGAGAAACUACAUUUUAAGUCAGAUUUAACUGUUAAUUUUAGGCUGCUCAAACUACGAAGCCAUCCCAAUAUGGUAGAUCUGGUCUAAGCUGGUUAAUAGGUGGUCAUUAGCUGCUCCAACCAUCUAGGACCAGCAACAAACCCAGACGGAGGAGCUAUAAAACAUUCAUUUUAAAAUGAGUAGGGCAAAUAAAUGCAAAGGUUAUGACUUCUGCCAGUUGCCACUGUGAUGGCCAUAUAGAGUGUACACCAUCCCCCAAACAAAAUGAGCUGUUUCAUCCUUCAUUUAUUGCCCAUUUGCGGUGUUUUCAUGAAAUAUUUUUUAAGGCUCAAAUGUUUCUUGAGUUAAAGGUUUGAUUGUUUUGCAGAUGUGUUUGUGUUCAUUGAUUGGGUUGUGAGUGAAGGAAACUGUACUGACUCUCUCAUCUUUGUUCUCUUUCUAUGCUCUGGUUGUGGAGACUGCACUUUAUUUUUUUUCCCUUCCUAAUGUCUUUUGCUUUGUGCUCGCUCUCUCUGUCUCUCUCUCUCUCUCUGGCCUGAAUUUCUCCCCAAAAGUGUCUGUUCUGAUGAGGUUUUAGGCCUCAUGGAUUCAUGAGUGUGUGUGUUAUAUGUGUUACCUGAUCAGGUGACAUUGUCAAUGCAUUUAUAUUCUCCCAGGUGAGGGGAAGAGACGGAAAAUGACACCUGGCAUAAACAGCCAUCUCUGCUGAUACCCUGCAGAAAAUACAUGGAAGAUAUUGUAAUAUAAGAUAUACAAAAAAUGUUUAGAAAAAUAUAGUUGUUUAUUUUAUAAGAUGUCAAAUAGAUUUAAAUAAAUUUAUAUGCGGUGUAUGAUUUGAAAGUAAAAACAGUUAUUGAAGUGUCUUACUUUGGGGGGACGUAAAGCUUUCUGUUUCUCAGUUCAGCGAGUUGAUGUUGCACAGUCAAUGUAUGGCUUGUUUUUCCCCCUUUCAUUCUUCUGUGUACAUAUACCAUCACGACAAGCUUUAACAUAUUGUUAAUAUUGUUUUAAAAGAAAUUAAUAAUAAAAAAGUUUACAUUCUGAAACA